CGGCCCCGGCCCCGCUCCCCCCGGCUCCUCCCGGCUCUGCCCGGCCCCUCCGGCCCGGCCCGGCCCGCCCAGGCACAGCCGCAGGAGCCUCGGCCCCGGGGCGCAGCGCUCGCAGCCCAGCCUGGCAGGAGCUCCCCCCCCAGACAAUUGGGUACUGAUGGAAGUUUCCGACAGCCCUGAGCGAAACCCCUGCUCUCCCGGCGAGGAGGACCAGCGGCUUUCCGAUGACGAAGCCCUGAAGGAGAGCGGGUCGGAGAGGGAGCUCGAUGGAGAGGGCGGCCGAGGCAGCGUCCUGGGAGAGGAGGAGGAAGACACAGCCCGGGGACUGAGUCAGGGCGAAGAGGAGAACCACUCGGAUGAGGAGGAUCGCUUGAGCGAAGCCAAGUCUCAGGACUCAGAGAACAACGAGCGGAGCGGGGAGCUGAAGAGCCCUCCGCCUCGCAAGGGGGAGGAGGAAGAGCGCACCAACGACCUCGGGGAUGAAGCGUCCUCCGUCACCCGCGAGCUGGACGAGCACGAGUUGGACUAUGACGAGGAGGUUCCCGAGGAGCCGAGCGCUGCUGCUGCCGAGGAGGAUGGUGAGAAAGCUGCUGGUGAGGAUGACGAGGAAGAGGAGAAGGGAGACGACGCCCACGAGGACGAGAAGAAAUCCAGCGGGAAAAGCGACGACGAGAAGGACGGCCAGGAUCCCGUCAAGGAGAAGAAGAAAGAAGAAGACGACGGAGAGAUUGACGACGGUGAAAUCGAUGAUGACGACCUGGAGGAGGGAGAAGUUAAAGAUCCCAGCGACAGAAAAGUGAGGCCACGUCCCACCUGCCGGUUCUUCAUGAAAGGUCAUUGCACGUGGGGCAUGAACUGUCGAUUUAUACACCCUGGGGUGAAUGACAAAGGAAACUACUCCCUGAUCUCCAAGCCUGAGCCCUUCUCCCCAAACGGCGCACCACCUAUCGGCCCUCACCCGCUGAUGCCGGCCAACCCUUGGGGAGGGCCAGUCGUGGAUGAAAUCUUACCUCCACCCCCUCCAGAUCCUCCAACAGAAAGUGCCUGGGAGAGAGGACUCCGGCACGCUAAAGAGGUACUAAAAAAGGCUACUAUGAGAAAAGAACAGGAGCCUGACUUUGAGGAGAAGAGAUUCACUGUGACUAUUGGAGAGGAUGAGCGUGAAUUUGACAAAGAGAACGAGUUUUUCCGUGACUGGAAUUACCGCAUCACCAGAGAUGUCAGGGAUCCAGCGCUUGACCCCUAUGCAGAUCCCUAUUAUGACUAUGACAUAGAACGGUUCUGGCGUGGUGGGCAGUAUGAGAAUUUCAGGGUUCAGUACACAGACCCAGACCCGUACCGUAACUACAGAGAAAGAGAGCGAGAACGGGAAAGGGAACGAGAAAACCGACAACGCGAGAGGGAACGAGAAAGGGAGAGGGAACGGGAGCGGGAGCGGCGCCAGAGGGAGAGAGAACGGGAACGGGAGCGCGAGCGCGACAAGGAGCGCCAGCGGAGGAAAGAAGAGUGGGAACGCGAGAGGGAGCGAGUGAAGAGAGAUGAAAAAGACAGGCAGCACAGGGACCGGGACAGAGACCGAGACCGGGACAGGGACAGGGAGCGUGACAAGGAGAAGGAAAAACCAAAGCCCCGGUCUCCGCUGCUACCGAGCCGCCAGCCUGAGCCACCAAAGAAGGAGAAGGAGGCGACCACCAUUACCGCCGCGCAGUCGAAGAGGGCGGAUGAGUGGAAGGACCCCUGGCGCCGGUCCAAGUCCCCCAAAAAGAAGCUCGGCCUCUCCGUCUCGCCCAGCCGCGCGCGCAGGCGCCGAAAAACCUCCGCUUCGUCGGCGUCUGCUUCGGGCUCUUCAAGGUCCUCUUCUCGGUCGUCCAGCUAUUCGGGGUCAGGUUCCUCCCGAUCUCGUUCCAGAUCGUCGUCUUACAGCUCUUACUCUAGCCGCUCCUCACGACACAGCUCUUUCUCAGGCAGCAGGUCCAGGUCACGGUCCUUCUCAUCUUCACCAUCUCCUUCCCCAACACCAUCUCCACACAAGCCGCUUCUGAAGGCUAAAGGGGAGUUGUUACCACCUGCUGGUAAAGGUGAAAAAUCUGUGAAGAAACUAGCUGCCCUUCCAGUCCCUCAGCCGCUCGCUAAAAUUACAGCAGCUGCACCAGAGCCAGCCAAACCAGGGGAUAAUAGAGAGGCAAGAAGGAAGGAACGUCAGACGAGGACUCCACCCAGGAGGCGGACGAUCAGCGGCAGCAUCAGCGGCAGCGCCAGCAGCUACAGCGGAUCCAGCUCCCGAUCUCGGUCCUUGUCUCGGUCUCUCUCCAGAUCUCAUUCCAGAUCGUCGUCUGCCUCAGUCUCCCACUCCGCUUCUGGGUCCAGGAAGUCCAGGUCCCUGAGCGUGAGCAGCGUUUCUUCUGUCUCUAGUGCCUCCUCCAGCAGCAGCUCCGUGCGCAGCGCUGACUCCGAAGACAUGUACGCGGACCUGGCCAGCCCCGUGUCCUCAGCCAGCUCCCGAUCCCCAACCCCGGCGCAGCAGAAGAAAGGUAGAGGAAAAUCAAAAAAAGAAGACAGCGCUAAGGAGGAGAAGCGGAAACGGGACGCCUCUGCUCAGCUCCUGAAAUCGGCCAAGCUCGCCCAGGGGAGCAAAUCCCAGCAGCUCCUGCAGCCCCAGCAGCCUGCAGCCCCCCAGGCUCAGCAGGGAGGCUUCGCUCACAAGGAAAUCAAACUGACGCUCUUGAAUAAGGCAGCUGACAAAGGAAGCAGGAAGAGAUACGAGCCAGCAGACAAAGACAGGCCGAGCUCUCCAGCAGCCAAACGGGCGAACCUGUCACCCGACCGAGGCUCUCGUGACAGGAAGGCAGCCGGGAGAGCCUCCUCACCCAAACAAGAGCGGCAGAGGGGCCAGAACACGAAACCAUCUCCCGCCCAGGCGGACAGGAAGCGCCAGCUCUCUCCUCAGUCCAAGAGCUCCAGCAAAGUCACGAGCGUACCGGGCAAAGCGUCCGAGCCCGGCCCCACGGGUGCCAAGACGGGCAAAUCCAGCACCCUGUCACGACGGGAGGAGCUCCUGAAGCAGCUGAAGGCCGUGGAAGAUGCCAUCGCUCGCAAGCGGGCCAAAAUCCCCGGGAAAGUAUAGUGGGCCGUGCCCCCUUAGUGACUGUUCAUGUUUUUAUAAAUAGUGGAAAAGCGGCCACUUUGGGAUUUUGCAGUUCUGUCUUAUUUUGGCCGCGAUUCUUUUUAAGGAAAAAAAAAAAAAACAAAAAAACGCCCAAAAAAAAAAAGAAAAGAAAACCUGACCCACGAAGUUUGUCAGCUGAGACCGUGCGCCCCGGCUCCCCAGUGGGGCCGGGCACCAGGACGGGGGCUUCCACCCCCCUUUUCCAUGUAAAUUAUGCACAGAGGACUCCAGCCCUGUUGGAUGCUCUCACUCCUUCCUCUCUCUCUCUCUCUUUCUCUCUCUUCACCCUCUCCUCUUUGCUAGCCUUGAGUUGUAUUCUCCUAGUUAGCCCUGCUGUGUGUUGAGUGUCUUCAGCAAUGCAGUUCUAUAAUACUGUGUAACGAGAGAGCCGAAAACUGCUGUGAACUACUGGCAACAUCACCUUGUCCCCCGCCCUCCUCCACCAGGAACAAAAAUAUAUAUAUAUUCUUGACUGAAGCCUGAUUGGGAAAACCACCUGUCUUUUCUUUUAAGCAGCGGAUUGUUGCAGUUGAUUUAAAAGGAGCCCUGAAGCUGUUGUGCGAUGUCUGUCUAACGAGGAGGGUCCUUUUUCUGUUGUUUGUUUUUUUUUUUUUUCCCUCCCCCCCUUUUUUUUUUUGAGGGAUAUUCCCUGAAAUAAAGUAUUUUGAUAACCAGUU